AUGUUGUCAAAAAUUAUACUGGGUGUCAUCCUAUCUCUCCUCAUCCUUCUGACUAUUGCUGGUAAUGUGCUGGCGUGCCUGGCUGUAUGCGCCUCUCGACGCCUCCGCUGCCUCACAAACUGCUUCAUUGUGUCUCUGGCUGUGACAGACCUGCUGCUCGGCCUCUUGGUGCUCCCUUUCUCCGCCCUCCUCCAGCUCACUGACGACUGGCCAUUCGGCUCAGUCUUCUGCAACUUCUACAUCUCCAUGGAUGUCAUGCUCUGCACUGCCUCCAUCCUCACUCUCUUGGCCAUCAGUGUGGACCGCUACCUGGCAGUGACUAUGCCCCUGAGAUAUGCCUCACUAGUGUUGCCUUGGAGAGUUGCUGUGGCCAUGGCAAGCGUUUGGACAGUGUCUGUGGCAGUAUCUUUCUUGCCCAUCCAAAUGGGGUGGAACACUGUUAAUGGGACAGUACAAAACCAUGGGCCGUGGGCUCCAAAGAGGACAUGUCGCUUUGAGCUGAACAGACCCUACGUACUGACCGACUCCCUUCUCACCUUCUACCUGCCUCUGGUGGCAAUGUGCUGGACCUACCUCAGAAUACUUCACAUUGCACGAGCACAGGCAAAGCGCAUUAUCAGUGCCCGUCCCACAUGCAUCACCAGCUACGACUGCAGGAAUAACCCUCCCACCAACACCACUUUGGUUUCUAGUGUUACAGCGGUAGCUCUGCGGGAGCACAAAGCCACAGUGACACUGGCAGCAGUGAUAGGGGCUUUUGUGGUGUGCUGGCUGCCUUAUUUCCUCUUGUUCACAGUGUUGGGGCUAAAGGAACAUCCAGACCCUCAGACAGUACCAGAAUUUCCCUUUGUGUUAUGGCUGGGUUACACCAACUCAGCCCUCAACCCUAUCCUCUAUGGAGCCCUCAACAGGGACUUCAGGUCAGCCUACACCCAUCUACUAAAAUGUCGAUGCCCUAUUUACAGCAGGUGGAGAAGCAGCCAGCCAUGUCCCACUGUAACAGCAGCCAGAGACCAGCUUACAGAGGUGACACUACUGUGUGGCCACACUCCUGACUCCUGCAGGGCAGGUCAAACAGAUCAGAACUUUGUGCUACAAGAAAUGAGCAGCACGUCAGCCACAACAACUAUCCACUUUGCGAAUGGCACUGCUGCCACAGAUGUCAAUGGCAAUGAAAGGUCGUGCUGAGCCUGUGCUGUUGAGGUGGAUGCUGU